GCCAUUUUGUGUAUUAUUUUCCUCACUGCGCCACGAACACACGGAGUUACCAUCUCUCUGAGAAAUUGCCAAUUCCCCUCAAAAUAUCCCAAAUAUCGUCCCCCCCAAAGCCCCCUUAUGAGCUUAUUUUCACCACAGCUAUUUUCUACAGUCCCCUUAUCCCGCCUUCAUAAUUUGUUCCCUGUGAACCCUAUAUAGGGGCCUAGAAUCACUUCAAAAUCCCCUUAAUUUCUCAAGUUUUACAGUAAAAAAAACAAGUGGACUGGUAAAGGACCGCAAACCCCCCUCAUUUUCACCUAAAGAUGGCGGAGUGCAUUGAAGGGUAAAAAAUACCACAAAAACAUCAAAAACCAUAUGAAUCCCCCCCAAAAUACAGAUUAUUAAUGGUUGUUAUGGCCGAGGAAGGCACCAGUGUCCAUGAAUCCUCCUCCCCAACAUCAAACCAUGAAAAUCAACACAACCUCCUUCUCUUACCUGCCGAAAGGGAGGAUGGUGAGCUGGAAGAGGGGGAGCUUGAGGACGACGGAGGCGAGGAACCACCUCACGAAGUCCCUGAGGCCCCAGCCCCACAAGAGAAAACUGAGAAGCACAACAGUGAUACUGAUGAUGAGAAAGCUUACCGUAAGCUGAAAAGAAAGCGGAGGAAGGAGAAAGAGAAAAAGAGAGCGAAGAAGAAGAGAAAAUCCAAACACAAGCGUCACGCUUCCUCCAGUGAAGACUUUUCAGAUUACAGUGAUGAUUCUGAUUUUAGCCCCAGUGAAAAGGUGCAUCGCAAAUACAGAGAGUACAGUCCCUCAUACCCACCGCCUCACCCGCCAUACCCCCCUCCACCCCAGCACAAUGCUCCAAUGCCCAAGAAAGGUUACCCUAAUAUGGAGGGUAAGGGUUACUCCAUGUAUGAUGGGUAUGACAAUGAUCAGUAUGGGGAAUAUGAAGGUGAUGAAGGGGAAGACAUGGGCAAGGAAGAUUAUGACGACUUUACUAAAGAGCUGAACCAAUACCGUAGAGCCAAGGAAGGCAGGGGUAGAGUAAUGCGAGGCAGAGGAAGGAUGAUGCGAGGCCGUGGCUGUCGUGGUAUGAUGAGAGGCAGAGGAGGCUACAGAGGAAGAGGAGGGCGAGGGAGAGGUUGCCCAGGGGAGGAACACCAAGAGGAUGAGGAAAUGUAUGAUGAAGAAAUGGAGUAUGGUGAGGAGGAGCCAAUGGAGGAUGAGGAGUAUGAUGAUUACUCCAAAGAACUGAACCAGUACAAGAAAUCUAAGGAAGGAAGAGGCCGAGGUUUUCAACACAGAGGCCGUGGCUGGUGCCCUCGUGGGCGGGGUUUCAAAAACAGAGGGCGAGGCAGAGGCCGUGGAGGGAAAGGAAAUGAGGAUGACGAGUAUUAUGAUGAAGAUAUGGGAGAUGGAGGAAUGUACAGAAAUGACUAUGAGAAACCACAGUAUCGACAAGACAAGAAAGGAAAAGUCAUUUGCAAGUACUUCGUAGAAGGCCGCUGCACUUGGGGGGAACACUGCAAUUUUAGCCAUGAUGUGGACGUACCCAGGAAACGCGGCCUCUGCAAAUUUUAUGUCACAGGCUACUGUGCCCGGGCUGACAACUGCCCCUACAUGCAUAAUGAUUUCCCAUGCAAGCUCUUCCACACAACAGGCAACUGCAUCAAUGGGGAAGACUGCAUGUUCUCUCAUGAACCGCUGACAGAUGAUACCCAGGAUCUUCUAGAUAAGAUACUAGCAGAGGACGCUGAAGCAGGAGCAGAAGAUGAGAAAGAUGUGGAGGAACUGAAAAAGCAGGGUAUUAAUCCAUUACCAAAACCACCACCUGGAGUGGGGCUGCUGCCUACACCUUCUUCGGGAUCCGGACCAUCAGAUCCAUCCUCACCAACCAGUGGUAUACCUGCUUCUACGGGACCGAGUGGUCCACCACCUAAUCUUCCUGUUUCUGGAGGUCCUGUAUCAGGAGGUCCAAUGCCUGGAGGACCCAUAUCUGGUGCACCUGUAUCAACUGGACCAGUACCUGUAGGUUCUGUACCAAGUGGUCCAAUGCCUGGUGGUCCCAUGCCUAGUGGACCAAUGCCUGGAGGUCCUGUACCAGCAGGUCCAAUGCCUGGAGGCCCAAUGCUUGGUGGGCCAGUUCCUGGAGGCCCAAUUUCUGGUGGUCCUAUGCCUGGAGGUCCUAUGCCUGGAGGUCCUAUGCCUGGUGGACCAAUGCCUGGAGGUCCUAUGCCUGGUGGACCAAUGCCUGGAGUUCCAAUGCCCGGUGGUCUGAUGCCAGGAAAUUCCAUACCUGGUGGACCAAUGCCUGGUGGUCCUAUGCCUCCAGGACCUAUGCCUGGUGGUCCUAUGCCUCCAGGACCUAUGCCUGGAGUACCGAUGCCUCCAGGACCUAUGCCUGGAGUACCGAUGCCUGGUAUGCCUAUGCCGCCCAUGCAAGGAGGUCCUGGUGAUCCCAUGCCAGCAGUCGGCCCAAUGCCACCUUGCCCAGGAGGCCCACUUUCUAUUGGACCCAUGCAAGUAGGACCUGGUGUUGCAAUGCCAGGAAGCCCUGGAUCUGGAGGACCUAUGCCUAGUGGGCCCGGAGGUCCCAUGCCACCAGAUACAAUGCCAGGAAGUCCUCUAGGACAGCAACAGCCCAUGGAUCCACAGAUGUGUCAGCGAAAAAUUCCAUCACUUUUUGAAAUUGUAGUACGCCCCACAGCACAUCUUGCUCAUAAAUUAGGAGUGAGGCCACCUGGACCGCCUGGAGGUCCUCCAGGGCCACCUGGUCCGCCACCUCCUAGGUUUCCCGGACCUAUGGGACCUCAAGGCCCUAUGCAUCAUGACAUGGAAAUGGGCUUGAAUGAGGCUCCUCCUAUGAUGCCCUAUGGCCCAGAUAAUGGGUCUGAAAUGAUGACUGAUAGACCACCUGGGCCAGAUUUUUAUGAUUAUUAUCAGGAUCCUGCAAUGGAGAUUGGCCAGGAAAUGGUUGGAGAUACAGGAAAUUACAAUAACUAUGAAGGGAUGCAGGAAGAGCCUGGAGUACACAGGUUCCCAGACCAUCCACCUCCAGACCAAAAUCCAGAUGCUGCUGAGGGACCUGCGGGCUUCAGCAAAGGCAGCAUCCCAGAUUUUCUGCCCUCUGCUCAGAGGGCGUUGUACCUGCGCAUCCAACAAAAGCAGCAGGAAGAGGAGGAGAAAGCGCGGAGGAUGGCAGGAGGCAACCAACAAGAGCGGGAGAAUGAAGAAGGUGACACAAGCAACUGGUAUUCCAGUGACGAGGAAGAAGGUGGUAGCAGUGUGACAUCCAUACUGAAGACAUUGAGACAGCAGUCUUCUAAUCGCUCUGCUCAACAAGCUCCCCUCAAGGAUGGAGGUACAGCUGGACAACUUGAUCCACGCUUGCAGAAAAACCAAGCCACCCCUGCCAUACGUCCUACAGACCCUCGACUUUCUCGAGAUCCUAGACUCUCUCGGACUGCAGAAUCAACCUUAUCUGAGCCAACUCAUAGUGAUCCCAGGCUGGCAAAACAUACUUCCCAGCCCAAGCAGGACUCUCCAGCAAUCCGUGCAGUCACAGAAGAGGAGGAGGGGGAGAGGGUUUUACGAGACAAAGCAGUUAAUAUCCCACUGGACCCUUUACCAGGUCAGACUUUGAGGGACCCAAGGUGUCAACUUCAGCUGUUUAGCCACAUAAAGAAGGAUAUACGUUUAAAUAAGCCAAACUUUGCCAGGACAAUUCUAUGGAGUCCUGAGGACCUUAUCCCUAUUCCUAUCCCAAAGCAGGAUUUUGUUCCAUUGCCAGCUGCUCUCCAGACCUUACCAACUAUGGACCCACGCAUUAAUCGUCUGACUUCUUCAGCACCCCAAGACCCAAGGCAGCGAGUAGCUGUGACUGAAACUCAAGGCUCCAACACCAGCCUUCCAGACUUUGAGCUGCUGUCCAGAAUUCUAAAGACAGUAAAUGCAGCUUCAACAACUACCCCUGCAACAUCAGUUGACAAACCUAGUGACCCACGGACACGGAAAGCCCCCAUUGACCCUAGGUUACAAAAGACAACUGAACCAGUCUCUAUUCCCCCUCCUAAACCUGUAGAACCUGCCAUAACUCUUCCGUUGCCAGUUACCACCGAUACUGCUCCAGCUAUCGCCCCCUAUGAUCCUCGGCUCCUCUCUGCAGGGGGCGUGAGCAAGACAAGUAGCCAGAGCAAUGUGUUGAGUGGCAUUAGCUUAUAUGAUCCUAGACUUGGGAGUAAAGCAACAACAACUGAAGCAUCUUCAAGUGACGUGGUUAAGGUUUCUGAAAGUAAAAGCGCAAGCAAAUUAAAAGAACCUUUAUUUACGCGAAAGUCUGCCCUGGAUCAGCCAGAGGCAGAAAAGCAGGUUUCAGACUCAGCCACUGAUAGAUACAACAGCUACAAUAGACCCCGUACCAAAACUACACCCACUCCUAUCACCACUGCCUCUGAAAGCAAUCAACCUGCUGUCCACAGUCUCCCUGUACCAUCUGUUUAUGGUUUGGUUAAGCAGGUUGCCAAAUCAGGCAGUGGCAGCCCCUUUGCUGGCAAUAGCCCAACACAAGACAGCGAACAAGAUGCCGGUUCACUCAAAGAUGUUUUUAAAGGGUUUGAUCCAACAGCAUCCCCGUUCUGCCAGUAAAUGUUUAAAUGGACAGUACAUUGAAUAUUGUAUUUAUAAAGUUGGUAUGGCAACAUCUGCUAUAUAUGUUUUUUUAUUAUAAAUAUUAUUAUUCCAAUAAGGCUCUUGUUACUCAAUUUGUAUAUAAAUCCACAACUCACACAAGAAAAUGUAAAACGUAAAACCUGUUUUUAAACAAGUUAUCAGAGUGUUUGUGUGUAAUGAGUGACACUUCCUCCCUGUACAUUGUUUUAAACCUUACUUUAUAAAUGUUUAUAUGUAAAUAUAAAAUGAACAGAGAGCUUGAAGAACACAUUUUGGAAAGUGGCUUUCCUCUCAUAUCCUUUUUUUUAUUACUAUUAUUUCUGUUGCACAUAUUUCAAUACAAGCCACAAUUUGUCCAUUGAGGCAGCUAGCUACUAAUUUAUUGUACAGGACAGAAAAUUUGUCUGGUUAUCAAAACUCUAAAACUUUAUUAAAAGCAAUGGUUUUAAUCCACGUGCAGUGACUGAAUAAUCAAAGAUAAUGAUUGAUACUUCAAAAUCUGGACAUAGGAUUUCAUACAAAAGGGUUAUGUUUAUUUUUAAUUGCAUUACUGUAUAUGAAACAAAACAAGAAUAGUGUUUUUCAAAAAAAACAAAAAAAACAACCAAAAACAUAGUAUUUAUUCACAGAAUAAUAAAACAUACCAUGCAAGUAUUGUAAAAAGUAUAUAGGAAAAGUAAUUUCUUGCCCCCUCCCCUUUCCAUUGUUUUAUAAUAAAGAUUCCGUAUAUUGUGAUAUAUUGAAAAGAAAUGUAUUAAUGAAUGUAUGAAAGAAAACUGUUUUUGUCUUUUCAGUACAACAAUUUGGUAUAAUGUUUAUUUUCCAUCAGCAAUUUAGAUGGCUAAUGUAAUCUUUGUGUUGCUUUUGUGGAUCUCAUCUCUAUAAUUAAUCAUAUGUGUAACCAGACAUUCUCUCUGAGAGCAGUCGAGCACGUUUUGGUAAAUACCAUUUAUUUACAAUCAUGGCUUGGUGUAACUUUUUUUUUUUAACAUAAAAACAAAAAGUAUUACAAGUUAAUUUUACAGACAAAAAGCAGUUUGUAAAUAAAGAAAAUAUUGCUCAUUUUGUUUCAAUUUGUGUGUUGGAACCCACUUUAUAAAAAAAAACUCCGUAAAGAGAUUAGUGUAAAUAGGGGUGGCUGUAAGAAUAAAUGGACUUUUUCAUACACAA